AGACAGGCAGGAAGCUGGGCAGCUGAAUAAGGCCCCGCUGUCAGACAGGCAGUAAGCCGGGCAGCUGAAUAAGGCCCCACUGUCAGACAGGCAGGAAGCUGGGCAGCUGAAUAAGGCCCCACUGUCAGACAGGCAGGAAGCUGGGCAGCUGAAUAAGGCCCCACUGUCAGACAGGUUGGUGAGGGGAGUUGGUAUCCGCCCUGCACAGACAUGGGAACACCUCAAAAAGAUGUUACUAUCAAGUCUGAUGCACCAAAAACCCUCCUCCUUGAGAAGCACGCCCAGUACAUCGAAUCCUAUGGAGCAAAGAAGGAUGAUUAUGAAUAUUGCAUGUCGGAAUACUUAAGGAUGAGCGGUGUUUACUGGGGACUAACUGUUAUGGAUCUUAUGGGAGAGCUGCAUCGUAUGAACCGGGAAGAAAUCCUAGCUUUUAUCAAGUCGUGCCAGCAUGAUUGUGGUGGAUUUAGCGCCAGUUUAGGUCAUGAUCCCCAUCUUCUGUAUACUCUAAGUGCUGUACAGAUUCUCACACUUUAUGAUAGCCUUUCUGUGGUUGAUGCAAUUAAAAUUGUUGAAUAUGUCAAAAGCUUACAACAAGAAGAUGGCUCUUUUGCUGGAGACAAAUGGGGUGAAAUUGAUACUCGCUUCUCUUUCUGUGCAGUGGCAACACUGGCACUGUUGGGGAAGCUGGAUGCUAUUAACAUGGAAAAAGCUAUUGAAUUUGUGUUAUCCUGCAUGAACUUUGAUGGGGGUUUUGGCUGCAGACCAGGCUCUGAAUCCCACUCCGGACAGAUCUAUUGUUGCACAGGAUUCUUGGCCAUCACCGAUCAGUUACACAAAAUAAAUGCGGACCUACUAGGCUGGUGGCUGUGUGAACGCCAGUUACCCUCUGGAGGACUCAAUGGGCGCCCUGAGAAGCUACCCGAUGUAUGUUAUUCAUGGUGGGUUUUGGCAUCCUUAAAAAUAAUUGGAAGACUGCACUGGAUUGACAGAGAAAAAUUGCGUUUAUUUAUUUUGGCAUGCCAAGAUGAGGAGACUGGGGGCUUUGCGGACAGACCUGGCGAUAUAGUUGAUCCAUUUCACACACUGUUUGGUAUUGCUGGUUUAUCUUUACUGGGAGAAGAAGUAAUUAAGCCUGUUAAUCCUGUAUUUUGUAUGCCUGAAGACGUGCUUCGGCGAAAAAAUGUUCAGCCUGAACUUCUGAGUUAGGGUCGCCAAAGUGCAAGAAAGAAGAUUGUCAACCAGAGCUGCUAUAAAUCCCUUGACUUCAAUGGAUCCGUAUUGUUACAAAGAGCGGAGGGAUGGGAAAAGAUGGUAGCCAACAUGCUACUCUGCAUUGAAAAAAAUCUUUAUUUUUUAUUUUUAUGCCAUUAAAUUAUAUAUUGUUCAAUUACACUUUUGUUGUUAGCAGCCUGUAUUUUAUUUGUUCCCUUAACGAUUUACGAAGGCAGAGUGCAAUACUUUUGUGUUAGGAAGGUGUCUUUGAAGUCAUACAAAUUGACUGCGUGUUUGUAAUGUUUCUGCAUGAAGACCAAUCACACGGUUAUUAGGAAUGUAAUUAGCAAGAGGUUUUACCUCACAAAGUGGCUUUUAGUGUAUGCUGGAAAGGAUGCUUUUAACUUAAUCGUAACCCAAGAUGUGGUGCCUUCUGGGUCUCUUGCUCUAGAGUCUAGGUAAUGGAUAAACACUUUAUAUUGUAAUUCCUUAUAGAAUCUAAAGACUUUGAAUUCAUGGGACUUUCCUAUUAUCUUGUUGGAGGUAGUUGAAAAAGAGACCACAGUGUAAGAGUAUAUCAAUAAAGAUAAGCUAUACUAAAAACGAACAAUCUCGUUCUGAUUCAAAACUUUAUAUAAAUUCUAUUUUCUUGAGCUGAUUCAGUGUUGUAACAGGCUAGCUCAGGAGCCAAUGCAUGUUGUGGCUUAUUCACUAAACUAAUGAAUUAAGACAAUUUGGUAAAAUUGCUAAAAUGGCAUUGAAAUUGGCUAUUUUAGUCUGAAUUUUGCUACUGUUCAAAACCACAAAUCACUUUUUUUGUGACUAAACAAUGUAGUAGUAGUAUUGCUGUGAUGAAAGCAACUCUCAAACUUGUCAGGAGACCUAACGGUGAACAGACAGGGAAGUUGGAAAUUAUAUGAUGGUGAAAAAUAAAAUAAAAAAAACACCAUUUAGCUUAGGCAUUUGUUACAUCGGGUCUUAUCAAACCUGCUAGAUGUAGCCAAAACAAUUCAACAGGUCAUACUAGCAAUUAUUGCAAUUACAGGUCAGUAUCCUCACAAAACGGUAUACAAGUAAACUAUUUACUAAUUUACCCUGUUUUAUAUAUCCCUGUAAAUCCUGAAAGUUUUUAUGGGAUUAACUAAACAAGAAACUGUCAUCUCUGGAAAAGACAGUCUUUUAACCAAACUUCUGGAAUAAAAGGGAAUCAUGACAUGUCACACAUGUCAUGUGUCCUUAAGGUGUUAAAGGUUUACGAGCUACAUUUUGUGUAAAUCCACUUCAUUUGCUUGAAAAAUCAAUUCGUGGCUGAGCCUCGUGGGAGUUGUAACUGCUGGAAUGAUACUGUUGUCUAUCAUGCUGUAAAAGAUGUAUUGCUUUCCAUAUCCCAUUCACAUCCCUUUUUUAGAGGGGGAACAAAGUUAUUACAUUCAUGGCAAACCUCUGAUGUUGUACAAUUGUAAGGUGUCAUAAUAAUUGUAAAGUGUCCUUAAUGGUUUUUAAAAUGUUGAGUAGAUAACACUGGCAAUGUUAGUUAUUCAGAUUGCAUUACAUGGUAAUAUAGAUUUUAUUGAAGUAUAUUUCUCAUCCGGUAGCAUAGUAAUUUGGCAAUAAUGCAGAAAAAAAAUGAAGUCUUCUCUGACAGAUUAGCCCCUUUGCAGCUAAGCGUUACAAUAUAAUUGUGGAAGGUAAAAAUUUGAAUUUUUUUUUUUUCUUUUCAGAAUUCAGGGAUUGCAUUUCCCUUUUGUGAAGUGUAUAUAAAUGUAUAAUAAAGAACUUGCACCUUGAGUCCAGGUUUAUGAGUAAUAAAACCUAAUUAAGUAUU